AUGAACACGCCACCCUACUCGCAAUUUGACCAUCACAAUGAAGAAAGCGACGUGUCACCUCUCCUUUCAUUAAAUCCUAUCGACACUCCACCAUAUUCUCCUUUGGAUCUCGAAGACGAUGAUAGCAUUUGGGACAAUGAUGAAGACACGCUUCUUUUGUCCCCAUGUAUCGACCUUGAACACGUAUCAUCAAACACCAACAACGCUUCAACGUCAACGAGUGACAUAGUCAAUGGCCAACUACGCAGUAAUCUUGCAGGUCUUGGCAUUACAGCACCACCAUCACCGCCUCUGCAGCCAGCAAAGGUGUUGAUGUGCGACAAUGACGAGCAACAUCAGGUGCUGGACCAAGAAUUAUGCAUGGAAUCGGAUAUUGCAUCACCAUCAACACAAUCGGAUUUCCAACAACAGCAGCAUCAUUCAAUAUCGCUAUGGUCGGAUGAACGUAUAUACGAUCCUCGAUCCUGUAACGAUUUGUCGUUUGCACAUAAUACCAUAGAAGAGCAUCAACAUCUGGAAUCCUUGCCAUCAGCCGAUUUACACGCGCCAAAAAAGUUGUUUUCUUGCACAUCCUGUGACAAGAGGUUCAGGCGCGCACAUGAUGUAGCACGGCAUAUUAGCAAGGUUCAUUACGACCAUUAA